AGAUGGGUGGGUCCAUGUCUGUCAGCAGAAUACAGGCCAUGUGCUGCUUAAAAGAAACAUCCACCUGGCAGAGGACAAAGGGAUAAGACAGAAGAAGAAAAAAAAUUCACAGUAAUUGUGGUUAAAGUGACAGGCAUCAGAUGAAUAGAGACUCACUGUGCUCUUUGAGUAAAGUGUGGUUUUCAGGCCAGUGGAUCCAUCAUCACGGGAAGAGCCUUCAGUAAAAGACACAUCAUGUCAAGCUCCUCUGACACCCUACAGUUUCGCUUCCCCUCCCACGGUGACUCAAUCCUCAGCAAAAUGAAGACUCUAAGAGAGGAACACUGCUUCUGUGACAUCACGCUCCUCCUUGGGGAUCCACAAGGUGCCACUGUCCAGCCUCCGUACUUCCACGGUCACAGAGUGGUGCUUGCAGCCUCCUCGGACUUCCUACGUGACCAAUUCCUACUCCAUGAGGGCCAAGCCGAGCUGAGCGUGGGUGUUGUUUCCAGUGUGGAGGUUGGCGAGAGACUUCUCCUGUCCUGCUACACUGGGCUCUUAGAGGUUCCUCUGAGGGAGCUGGUGAGAUACCUGACUGCCGCCAGUGCACUUCAGAUGAGCCAGGUGGUGGAGAAGUGUGCCCAGGCCAUUUCUCAGUAUCUCAUUCCCUCACUGGCUUUCUUGAAAUUGGAGAGACACAGUACCUGGCCAGGCUUCCAAAAUCAGGAGGAAAAGGAUACAGCCAAGCCUGGCACCAGCAACCAGGAAGCGAGUACAGAGGACGGGGGAGUGGUUGUUUUCCAGUCGAGGGUCAGCCAAGGAGGUGAGGUGGAUGUACAAGGACUGAGAGAGGUCAGAGAUGAUGGGAGGGUGGUUAUAGCCAAAAUAGAGUUAUCUGAAAAUGUAGCAUGUUGUCUCGAUACCCUGGAGUCAGAGGAAGGCGAAGACAUCCGGCCUGUUCACACAAACAAGCCAUCCUGUCAAAUUUGUCACAUCAAUGGUGCUGAAGUAUGUGAGCUGCCCCCUCCCACAGCUGUCCAAGAUCAUUUGUCGUCAACAAGCAGAGGAAGUUUUGCUCAACACAAAGAUUGGGUGGACAGUACCCAGAACCACAAUGAAAGCGCAGGGGAGGAGCAAAGAAAAGAAGGAGAAAUGUUCCUGCUGGAACUGCAAGAUUAUGAAAAGCUGAUGGACUCAAAUCUAAUUCCCCUCUCUGCAGCACAUUUGCCAACGAGUGAUUGUUCAGGAGACGAGCUGACAGAAGAUGCACGCAGCAUAUUGGUGCAGAGGCCGUACCUGUGCAGGAGGUGUGACAGGGUCUUCCAACACCUGGAGAGCUAUGUGGGCCACCUGAAGGAGCACAAACAGUACUUGUGUUUGGUCUGUGGCAAAGGCUUUUCUCAGAGGAGCAGCCUGACCUGUCACAUACGCAUCCACACUGGGGUCAAGCCUUUUCGCUGCCCGCUGUGUCACAAGACAUUUUCCAAAAAGGCCACGCUGCAAGACCACCUCAAUCUGACCACAGGGGAUAAGCCCAGUAAGUAUCGAUACUGUGCUGUGCACUUUGCGCAUAAGCCAGGCCUUAGGCGCCACCUAAAGGACAGUCAUGGUAAGAGCCUGCAGGACAUGCUUGAGGAGGCUGUGCACUGA